AUGUACCUGUUUGCUCUGAGUUACAUCAAGCUGUUCCUGUUUGCUAUGUGUUACAUCAAGCUGUACCUCUACAUCAAGCCGUACAUGUUUGCUCUGUGUUACAUCAAGCUGUACCUGUUUGCUAUGAAUGACAUAACGCUGUACUUGUCUGCUAUGUGUUACAUCAAGCUGUACCUCAUCAAGCUGUACCUGUUUGCUCUGUGUUACAUCAAGCUGUACCUAUUUGCUCUGAGUUACAUCAAGCUGUUCCUGUUUGCUCCUAGCUACAUUAAGUUGUAUCUGUUUGCUCUGAGUAACAUCAAGCUGUACCUGUUUGCGCGAAGCUACAUCAAGUUACAACUGUUUGCUCUCUGUUACAUUAUGCUGUACAUGUUUGCUCUGUGUUUUAUCAAUCUGUGCCUAAUUUCUCUGGAUAACAUCAAGCUGUACCUGUUUGCUCUGAGUUACAUCAAGGUGUACUUGCUUGUUCCGAGUUACAUCAAGCUGUACCUGUUUGCUCUGAGUUACUUCAAGCUGUACAUGUUUACUCGAGGGUACAUCCAGUUGUACCUGUUUGCUCUCUGUUCCAUCAAGAUGUACCUGUCUGUUCUGUGUUUUAUCAAUCUGUGCCUAAUUGCUCUGGAUAUCAUCAAGUUGUACCUAUUUUCUCUGUGUUACAUCAAGGUGUACUUGUUUGUUCCGAGUUACAUCAAGCUGUACCUGUUUGCUCUGUGUUCCAUCAAGCUGUUCCUGUUGGCUUUUGAUAACAUCAAGCUGUGCCUGUUUGCUCUGUGUUACAUCAAGCUGUACCUGUGUGCUCUUGGUUACAUCAAGCUGUACCUGUUUUCUUCUAGCUACAUCAAGCUGUACCUGUUUGCUCUGAGUUACAUCAAGCUGUACCUCUGUACCUGUUUUCUCUGA